UUAUCUAUUGCUAUUAGAUUAUUAUUAUCAUGCCAGUAGCUGAUGAUCGUUUAUCAAAAUUGCAAUCUUUAAAGCUCAUUCAGGCUGUUAAUGAAGGUGAUAUUGAUCAAGUAAAAAAGUUGGUUGAAAAUGGAAUUCCUAAUCUGGUAAAUUAUGGAGAGCCUAAUGAUGGACAAUGCGGUCUUCAUGUUGCUGCCUCUGCAAAUAGUGAAACGAUGAUUAAGACGUUGGUGGAGCUUGGUGCAGAUUGCAAUGUAGCUGAUAAACACGGAAAAACGCCAUUCAUAAGAGCAGCUGAAUUUGGACAUGUUCAAGCUCUUAACUUAUUAAUUGAAUUGUGUGAAAAACCUGAUCUAUCAGCUAAAGAAUCAGAAGGAAGGAACAUAUUGUAUUUUUGUCUUUGUCCAACAAAACGUCAUCAAAUUUGUUUGGAAACUGCUAUCAAAUAUGGUGCCUACAUUCAUAAUGUGGGUCAUGAUGGUAAGUCGUUACUGGUAAAAGCUUGUGAAGAAAGAUUGGAAAAAGUUUUAAAAACUCUCUUAGAAGCAGGAAUUGAUGUUAAUAAACAGAGUGAGUUAACUGGUGAACCUGCUCUACACUACGCUAGUAAAAUUGGUUACGAAGAGGGUGUACGUCUGUUGUUGAAGUAUGGAGCUAACCCAAACCUUUUGGAUGACAAUCAUAUGCAUGCAGUGCACAAAGCCGCUACAAAUGGACAUCUUGAUGUUAUAAGAAUUUUAUCUGCUUAUGGUGCAGAUGUUGGUACUUUGAAUAUUGUACUUGACUCUCCGAUGCAUUGUGCUGCCAUGAAAGGCUAUGCUGCUAUUUGUAAAUUUCUCGGUCAGAGAGGUUGUUCUGCCACAACAAAAAAUUCAAAUGGAAUGACUCCACGUGCAAUCGCAAAAGAAAAAGAAUACAAAAGUGUUCUUAAAGAAAUAAAAAAAGCUGAAAAAUAUGAUGGUAAAAAGCCUGGAACCCAACUUCAUAUUGUGAAGUUUUAUGAUUGGAUAAUCGAGCAAAAAAAGGAAUUAGAAUCUGAAAUCUUUGAACAUGAUGUGGAAGUAAAAGGAAAAAGAACAGGCAAAAUUAAUAUUGAAACUUUUUUGAUGAUUCUCAUUGCUCACAAGUCUCCGCUAACUGAAGAUCAAAUGAAGCCAAUAUUAAAGUUACAUGAUGGGAAAAAAGAUGGAAACAUUAAUUACGAAUUAUUUUUCAUUGGCAAGAAAUACGUAAACAAGUUUUACCUGGUUGGUGGUGGAAAGAAGAAGAAGAAAGAAGGAGGAAAGAAAGGAAGCAAAAAGAAGGGAAAGACGAAAAUAGAAAUGCCAAUAUGUACAAAUGCUAACAUACCACGUAUCAAAGAUGGCGGGCCAUUUUUAAACUACUUGCAAAAACAAGAGCAAAUUACUGAUGCAAAUCGAUUUGAUCGUGAUCACCAACCAGAACAUCCCAUACAAGACGAUUCAAUUUGGUAUUGUUACAGACCAGAGACCACAUUCGUGCAUAUUAAUGAAGUCAUCAAAUAUAAUGACAAGAGGUCGCUCAAGAUUGCCAUUAAAAACGGUUUGGAAGUCAACCAGCAUGACAAAUAUUACAAAACACCAUUAAUGUUGGCGUGUUUGGAAGGAAACAUCGAAUUUGUCAAGUAUCUUCUACAGCACGGUGCUGAUGUAACUGCUCUGGAUAAUUUUAAGUGGACUCCGCUUCAUUUUGCUUGUCAUAUUGGUCACAAGGAUAUUGUAGAGUUGCUCCUCAACAACGGUGCAAAUAUAGAUGCGCGUUCAUAUAACGGAGGCACACCAAUGAUGAGAGCAAUCGAAAGUUCGAAAGCAGAUGUUGUUCAACUUUUAAUUGAACGAGGUGCGAAGAUACAAGUGGAAAACAAGAAGGGUCAGACAGCUCUAGAUAUAGCGAAAGCGUUUUCCGAUCCUCGUAUUAUAAGCAUUGUACAAACAAGAUGGGAUGAACUCCCUCCACCCGUUGACAAAAGAAAGAAAAAAGGAGGUAAUUCGAAGAAAAAUACGAAACCAAAAUCCAGCAGUACUAACCGUCUUAGCAUGCCUAACAUCAGAGUCUCUGAUCAAAAUGACGAGGCUGUGCGAUAUAAAGAACGCGAUAAAUCUCUCCUCAGGGCAGCCUCCGCAUUGGCUGAAGGACAGCCCUUUGAAAAGUCGAUUGUGUAUACCCCCAAAAGAGCUUGGAUGCCUGAGUCAAAUACGAACGAACUGCUUGCGCAGAAAAAGGAAAAACGGGAUCAAUUCGGAUACGAAAUUGAUUUUUCGGAUUAUAAACCGCCUUUCCAGAAACAUAUUGAUGAUCUUGUGAAGAGCAUGGAGAAGUCUGGUGACUAGAGCACCCAUGAGAAUCAAAUGAUGAAAGAAUUGUUGGUGUUCUUUAGGAAAAAAUUACAAAAUCUUGCCAAAGGAGAUGAACGUGGUAAAGGAGAAUGGAAAUAUCAUCCGAAGCAUCUUUGCAUGCUCCGUGCGCUGGUUUACUAACAUUGACAAUGUAUUUAUGUUCGUUGGUAGAGUAAAAAUAUCACGAGUUUUGUGAGUUGAUUGGUAGAGCGAAACCUCUCUUUAAGUUCUGUUUGUUUAUGGUAGAGCAAAACCUCUCUUGCAAAUUCUGUACGUUGAUUGAUAGAGCAUAGCCUCUCUUGCAAGUUCUGUAUGUUGGUUGGUAGAAUAGAGCCUCCCUUAUAUGCCCAGUGUCUUGAUUGGUAGAACUUAAAACAGUGCAGAACGAUAAUGAAUUGUUCCAACUAUCCUAUCUGAAUUGUCUUUAAUAUCCAGACAGAAAAACUAUUACGAAUCCCUUAUCAAAAUAAGUUUUGUCUUCAGAAAUAAAAGUUUAAGUAUCAAGAAGUUAUAAUUAAUAAACCGUUCAUUUUUUUGAGCAUUUCAAAUUUAAUUUAUUUUUAACUUUUAUGUGUAUAUAUAGCUUUAAUAAAUUUUCGUGUUAUUUUUUGAAUAAUGUAAUUUUAAAAUAUUUAUAUUUUUAAUAGAAGAGGCUAUUGUAGUGGCUAAAAGAUAGUUCAACAAUAAACCGUGUUUUUUGAAUUUGUAGUUACUUUAAGAAGAAAAAGCAGCAUAUGUUUUCCAUAAACUAACUACUUUAUAUAGCUCUUCUAGUAGCUGGCAUUGACCACAAUUUUGGAAAGUACUAACAUCCCGGUUAUGUUGGAAAGUGAUGUUAGUUUUUUGGAAGUAGAGAAAUUGUGCUUACUUAAAUCUCAAAGUUGAUUCAACGAGAUUCAACGAGUUUUUUACGUUCACCGUCUUGUUUGUUUGUUUGUUUACUUAUAUGCUUCGCGACCAUAUAGAAUUAGUUUAAGAUCAAGGUAGGGCGCAUUCUCUUCUUGUGGAUGUAGAUAGCCGAAUACUUAGGUAUGCACGAAAUAAAGAUGCCGGGUGUAUGUACAAUAUCCGAUUACCUGAGGACCGAAGUUUGUACGACGGUGAACUCGCAAUUUUUCCACGGGCUGACGACCAGUAGAUAUAUGAAAGCUACCAUUUUAAAAAGUAAUGGUGGCAAAAAAUGACUGGCCAAUGUAAAAUAUAUUAGUUCGAAAAAAACGAUACGCAAAUGUAGAAGAACAUUUUAGGACGAGUUUAGAAUAUCCUUGAAGACUUACAGAAGGCUGUGCCUGUGAACAUUGUUUAAAAUGGCGAUUAACGGAUUCUAUCGUCACUUGUUUUACUAUAUUUUGUAACGCGUUUUACCAUUUCUGGAAGGUCCAAUAUUUUAAGCUUUAAAUCGCAAAAAACAGAUAUAAUGAAAGUCUCUUCCUCGAACUUCAAUAUUGUUAUAGAAAAAGGUGUGAUUUUAAUGAGAACAUAUUUUCUAGUUUUUUUAUUUCAACAGCAGAUUUCGUAUUAAUAGAGAAAAUUGUUUAGCUUUUAAGAAACUUCUGUUAAAGUAUCCUUUUUUUCAAUACACUGGCUGUUAAUAUUCAGAAGCCAUUUAAAAAGAAUGAAUCAAAAUCAAGCUGUUGGAAGAGAAUGAUUAUUUAAUGCAUAUUGAGAACGUUGGUUGAAAAAGUUUAAAAAUUUAAUGAACUCCUUCAAUAGAUUCCCGUUCGUCUCUGUUACCGUAACUCUUCUUCUUUUUGUUUGUGUUUUACUUGAACUAUCCAAAAAUUAACGUCUUGAACAUCUGCAUAGGAGUGUUCAAACCUAUACUGUCGCGAAAGAAUUUUUAACCAUAGUUGAUAUUUUCGCAUAUUAAUGUUACUUUUGAGGUUGGAUACGCUUGUUUAUUUUCUUCAAUCAAAAAAAAAAGGAAUAGAAUUGUUAACUUGUAAAAUUUACCGUAUUAAUAAAAUUAGGGAAAAGAUCAACUUCCAUAUGGAAAA